UUAAUGCAGCGCGGCCUGGUCGACUUAACAGCUCAAAGCGUCUUCUUCAACGCCUUCGGAUAAACAGAGAACCACACCAUACCCUUUGGUUGCCCACCACCAGCAGAAGCAAUUUCCGGCCACCCCAACUCCCCCUCCGGCGAAAGAAUCCCGGAGCGAUCACCGAAGCUAGGAGCUAGCCCCUCUAGACUCGACACCCAUCGAAAAAGUUAAGCAGCUAGGAAGCCUCGAAAUGGACAACAUGGUAGAUUCUCUGAACAGUGCAUAUCAGGACUUUGUUGCUGCUGCAGCUAAUGUGCUCGAAGCCAAGGAGAUUUCCAGCGCCCAGAAAAUAGCUGCUACAGAUGCUGCUCUAGAAAACUUUAAGCAGAGAUGGGAGUUGUUCAGAGUGGCUUGUGACCAUGCAGAGGAGUUUGUGGAGUCUGUGAAGCAAAGGAUAGGAUCAGAGUGCCUCGUGGAUGAAGCAACUGGGUCACUAGCUGGGAAGUCAGGUCAGGCUGUCACUACUGGUCUUCCACCCAUUAGUGCAGUCCGGUUGGAACAGAUGAGUAAGGCUGUCAGAUGGCUUGUGAUUGAACUACAGCAUGGUUCUGGAACUGCUGCUGGUUCAGCCCAUUCCCACCAUUCUGCUCCUUUUGAUGCUAGGUUCUCUGAAGAUGCAGCUCAAUAGGUAUCUCUUCUUUCGGCUAUCAUCAUGAAGACCCUCUUUCAGAGAGCUGCAAAGGAUGGGCAAGACUAGCAGUCUUGUGGAAAGGACUAGUUCACAUAUAGUUGGGAAUUCUUUUCUCUUGUAAUUUUAACCCUGCUUUCCCAUCUGAUGUGGUUUGAUGUGUAACAUCACACCGAGGUCAUGCUAGUAAGUAAAUGAUGCCACGUUGAUAUCUUGAACUCUAGUACACUUUCUUCAUAUGGUGGAAAAUUGAGAAAAUACUUUUAGAGCAUAUUUAUAGGCUUCUACCACUACAUUUAGACGUCACUUGUACAAGAUUAAUGCUACUUUUUACACUCAUUUUAUAUCAGUUUACGUAGCGUGCUUUAAAUGACUUUU